CCAUGGACGGCAACAACACACAAGCAACAGGAUACCUCACCUCCAUUCUCAACAAAACCCUCCGCAUCCACACCACAGACUCGCGCAUCUUCGUCGGCACCAUGAAAUGCACUGAUCAGGAACGCAACAUCAUCCUCUCCCUAACCCACGAAUACCGCCAACCACCCGCCUCCGUAGUCCAAGACGCAGCCUACCAAAUGCAACUGCAAGGCAUCCCCGGAAACGUAAAAGUGGACAUGGUAAAGAGAUUUGUGGGCUUGGUUGUUGUGCCCGGGAGAUAUAUUACCAAGAUUGAGGUUGAGGAG